AGAUUGUUGUAUAAUUAUGGACGAAAGUUUAUGCAUCCACUGCAUUUCAUGAUUGGACUCUCAAACAUGUGACAUAUGUAACUGAUGUAGAGGGGAAUAUGGAUAGACAGUAAUUAUGUAAAUGAGAUAAUUUUCAUAAUUGAUAAGAAAACCCUAUAAUUCCUUACUGGUAAAUGAUGGUAAUUCAAUUCUUAUGUCAUUUGGAAGUGAAGUUGAAAAAAUGAACACUUUUAGAUAUGAACCAUGUAAAUCAGGGCAUCGUUCACAUUAUCUAUGAGGAUCCACGAGCACAGUGAUUACUUCACGGAGAUCUGUGUCCUACGGAUUCUUGUUAGCGUUUGUAACGGCGUUUGUCUUGUGGUAAACGUUUCGCCAGGAAAAAUGGGACCAAUGGUACCACAUGGUCCUGUGUCUGUCGGGCCUCCCGGACCUCCCGGAGAAAAGGGAGCCAUGGGGCCGGCUGGUCCUGUGUCUGCCGGGCCUCCUGGACCUCCGGGAGAAAAGGGGUCCGGGGGGCCGGCUGGAUCUGAUGGAAAGGACGGGCCACCCGGACCACGUGGACCGAAGGGAGCCGUCGGGCCGCCUGGUCCAGCCGGCAUGUCAGCGUCUCCAAGCUCUACCGAACCGGCUGAACGUACGUCAUUUUGUCCCGGAGGUUACACAAAGAAGAGUGGAGUCUGCUUCAAAGUCUUCGAGAAAGCAAAAAACUUCAACGGAGCGGCCACAACCUGUCGUAAAGACGGCGGCACCCUCGCCAUGCCCCGAGACGCUGAGAUCAACGCUUUUCUUGUCGACUUGUACACGAAUGUGGACGAUUAUGGCUUCUGGAUCGGCCUGCGCAAGCAACACGGCCGUUUCGAGUGGGUGGAUGGUUCUGCUCUGGGGACGUCGUUCACCCCAUGGGCUCCGGGAGAACCGGAUGGUGGGGGUUGCGUUUCCUACGCCAAGGCCAAAGGCCGGAAAGGCAAAUGGGAAGUCCUGAACUGUGACAUGUACUCUAUUCAGUUCAUCUGUCAAGUCACUCCAACCAGGACCCGCUAACCGUCCGCAGUAGAACUCAACGCGGUCUUACUGAAAUCUGGAGUCUGAUUAAAGAAGUACUUCUUGAUGUUCUUAUACAUUUUGUAACAGAAAAGCCAAGUGUGAUUGUGAUGAGAAAUUUCUUAAUUUAAUUUUCACAUUUCACUGUAUUUUUAAGCGGGCUGCCAAAUAUUUGACGACCUGGAAGCUCCAAUCCAACAUCUUAGAUUUUAUUAGAGAUGAUUGUUACAGAAGUCGUGACACAUUAUUUGGCACAUCCGUAACCUGUCAACAUAGAAGAGUUCCGUGGGUUAUACUGUAGUAUAUACAUUUCAACCGGAGAAAGAAAAAACCCAAAGACUUGCGCAUGAUC